CAAUACAAGGCUAAAUUAUUGGCCCAGAGCCUGCCAAGCCCAAAUGGACAAUGUACAUUCUGGGGAGGGGGGGUCAGGAAAGAUGGCUAUGGGCGCUUGAGUGUCAAAUGGCCAGGAUCUUCCAAAUUUUCCAAUACCUGUGCACACAGAGUGUCGUACCUUGUUGCUUACCCUGAGAAAAUAGGUCUAGAUGGUGACAUCUCGCAUCUAUGUCACAAUAGGUGCUGUAUAAAUCCUGACCAUUUGACACUUGAGCCCCAUACUAUCAAUAACACAAGAUUGAUUUGUGUAAAUAUG